AUGCGGAGGCAGGGGUGCAACGAAGGGAGCGGGACGGGAAAGGCCUGGAGGCCAUCCCGGGAAGGAACGAGGGGAGGGGAAGAACGUACUGCUAGGCGGCGGCGGGAUGGCAGGCGCUGCAAAGCCCGGGAGGUUGUCGUGGCCCUCGACGGAGGCGGGAGGGUGGUCAAACCGCACCCGGGGCCGCGGCAAAGAGAACGGAGCCGAGGUGGAGGGUGGAGCAAAGGACAAGGCAUCCUCUGCAAGCUGAGAAGCCGCCGGCGCGGCCGCGCGUUCCUUACCUUUGGAACGCUUCGAAGGUGGCGCCGCGACCGAAUCGGAUUCCGAUGGCAUGCGGCGGCGAAUGGCAUUCGCCCCAAGGUGGUCCAACCCCCCAAAACUAGGGGGAGGAGUGGGAGCGCGGUCAGUGGGAUAAUCCUCUGCGUCGUCCUCCCCUGGCUCGACAAGAUCAGGGAGAUCGCUGUCGGAGAGCAGAGGGAGGCCCCCGGCGAGAUGAGUUCGUCGACCGAGGAGACCGGCGUCGAGGCCGCCGGGGAGGAUCUGCGGGUGUUACGAGAGCCCGCCGAGCUCACAGGGCGCGAGGCCGCCGAGGCAGAUUUGUCCGUGUGCAUCAUGGAUAGCAAUAACGAUCAUGGCAUCUCUCCAAUGGACCUCAAGGACAGACUCGAGCGGAUUAAAGUCUCGUCCGAACAUUCGAAUGAGGAUACCAACCCCAAGAGAAAGCCGGCUAACUGCCAAUACGUAGCUACUGCCUGCCCCUGA